GCGGCGGCCCUCCAUGCGCCCGCGGCGGACCCUCCCGCGCCCCCUCUCGCUCCGCCUCGGCCUGGCUCUCGGCCUCGGCCUCUGCCUGGCCGCGGCGCGGGGAGCCGCGCACUCGGAGUGACAUCACUCCCCUUCUUCCUGUGCGCCGGCUUUGACACAAGCCAGAUGGCCGCCGCCAUCGGUAGGCGCGCCGGCCGCCUGGUACAGCAGUUGAUGAAACAGACGAGGAAGACGUUUUACGGUCAGCUGUGGGAGCACGAGGAGGCUGCAGCUUUGCUAACUCUUGCCCCUGUUCUUUGCCUCUCGUUUUGUUGGUGAAGAUAAUCACCGUGAUGUCUGCAUUCAACCUGCUGCAUUUGGUGACAAAAAGCCAGCCCGUGGCCCUGCGAGCCUGUGGGCUUCCCUCAGGGUCAUGUAGGGAUCAAAAGAGCUGUAAGGUGGUCUUUUCCCAGCAGGAACUGAGGAAGCGGCUCACACCCCUGCAGUACCAUGUCACUCAGGAGAAAGGGACGGAAAGUGCCUUCGAAGGAGAAUAUAUACGUCACAAAGAUCCUGGAAUCUAUAAAUGUGUUGUUUGUGGAACUCCAUUGUUCAAGUCAGAAACCAAAUUUGACUCCGGUUCAGGUUGGCCUUCAUUCCAUGACGUGAUCAGUUCAGAUGCAAUCACAUUCACAGAUGACUUUUCCUACGGGAUGCACAGGGUGGAAACAAGCUGCUCCCAGUGCGGUGCUCACCUUGGGCACAUUUUUGAUGACGGCCCUCGUCCAACCGGCAAAAGAUACUGCAUCAACUCGGCUUCCCUGUCCUUCACACCUGCGGACGGCCUCGGCGCUGGGGGCAGCGGGGCGGGCAGCGAGGGCCGGGCGGACAAGGCGGAGCUGUAGAGGGCGGGCGGGCGGUGGACAAGUGUACUUAACGCACAGCUUAUUACAAAAUCAGAGUUGUCUAUUGUAGAUAUAUUUUUUCAAAAAGUAUAAGGGCAGUUUUGUGCUAUGGAUAUUUUUCUUCUUUUGCUUAAACAGAGGCCCUGACCAUCAAUGUAUUUUGCUAUCGAUUAGAUCUGGAAGUGUUUACAACUUUAGCGAACAGAGAGAGUUUUGCACAACUUCUUCACAAGCCACUUAGGCACCAUUUGGGAUUAUUUUCUUUGAGCACAUAGCUUCUUUUAAGAUUUUUUUUUUCCCCUUGCUUAAGAGGCAGACGGUGCUUGGGCUUCACACUUGACAAUCAAGAUCUCCCAGGCGGGGCAGAGACCGGAGCUCGGAAGCACCGGGCACGCAGACCUGCGAGCCACAUGGCCCGGAGGCUGCACUGGCACGGAUCUACCUAAGAUAAGGACGGGGUGAUGUCUUAGGAGACUUCUCAGCCCUGUGGAAAGUUUGAGCUAAGGUCGUUUCUUCUCUCUAAAAGGGUGUGAAGGCCUAAAGUCUUUCCUUGUGUUAAAUUGUUGCCAGACCUGAGGGGGCGCACUGCGCGUUAUGGCAGAGAAGUAAACAUUUACCUCAUGGUCAGGCCUUUCUUUUAUUUUAUUUUCCAUUGAAAACAUUGGAAUGUAAGACAACUGUAAAAUCUUGAGCCCCAUUUUGUCCACAGUUCACAAAGCACACCUGCCAUUGCCUUUCGCAAGUCCGUCCCCCUCGCACCUAAUACUAGCGGCAGCUGGAAGGGCAUUUGGGUGAAUUCCACUGUCUAAAAUAAAACAUCAGGGCAGCACGCUUCAUCAAGGCAGCAGAAAUAAGAGAGAGCAGAGAAGACCAAGGAGGGGGUCCUGGGAACUAAAAUACCAGGGCCGGGCGGCAGAGCUGGCAAGAUACUGCAAGUGACAGACAGAGCCCCAAGCGAGGGACCUCGGCACAAGUUCAGGCGACCUCUGGAAGGAUGUUGGGGGUUAAAAUAGAAAUAGCCAGGAGCUCCAGUCCCACCCUUGACCCUAAUCUGCUGUGUGACAAGCCAUUUAGCCUCUCCAUGCCUGUUCUUCGUGUAUAAACUGGGACUUAGAAUCUUUGUAAAAUAAUUGACACUCUCAGGGCAAAAUUACUCCAUUGCUAUACAGUAAAGAUCAGUGUGGUAAAAUUAAACUGAUCUGGUUCUAAUUGCCUCAAAGGCUGAAGCCCAGGCAUUUGAAAUGGAAAGAAGCAGAGAGGGGGUUGACUUAGCUGAUUGGUAUGGAAACAGUUGGGCCAGGAGCCAGAAAGUUUUCUUUGUAGCAGUAUGGCUGGUUUUACUCUGAGAAGCUCUGCUUGCUUGCUGUAUAACAUUCAGUCUGGUGGAAUGGAUGUCAUUGUGCACAAUCCGGGUUUCACGGGUAUGACCGAUGGUGAUUUCAGUUGACAUUGCCAUAGCCAGGUGUGAAGGUGCAGCUUAUGACUGAUAUAGCUUGUGUUUGUAGCUUGAAUGGUAAUCCUGAAAUGUAGUUUAAAAAAAAUAUUGCUUUUGUUAAUCUUUGAGAGCUUAUAAAAACUGGCAUCUUUUCUUAUUAGCACCAAGACAAAAAUAAGAAAGAAGGACACUUGACAAUUUUAAAGAAAUAAUGAGAAAUGAACAUGAAAAGUGGUGACAAAUCCAAACGUCAACGUGGUCAUGUCCACAUUCUUCUGUGUCUCUACAAACGCUUCCUGGUGGAGCCUUGACAUCCCGGUGACUCUUCAUUGUCACAUAUGCUACAAUUUUGAGAUUCCAGAUCAGUUAUGUUGUUCUUCCCUCAGCUCCCAGGAUGUUCCACCUCAGCCCGGGGGUCCCUCUGAAAUUCGCAGGUUCCGCUCCCCUCUAGAAAUGAGACGCAAAAUUUAAGACCGUUGAAGCCUCAGCAUCGAGACCAUCCCAGCAGCCUUUCCUGACCUCGCAGAGGGAGCCCCAACAUUUCCUAGUAACCCAAGGAUCCCAUGUGGGAUCAACUAAAGAAGGGGGUGUCCCAGGAAUUCCUGUCACAGUGUGCAGUCUGUCCUUGAGGACACACACAGCACUUCUCACAUGCUCCAGCUGCGUAUGGUGGCCUGCCCCAGGGUCCGUUGGACACAAGCCACAGUGUUGGGGCAGACAAGGAAGAUAAAUGACGGGCUUCUUCCCUCUCCCCAGAGAUGCUGGGUUCUCAUCGUUCCUUCAUUUUUGUUGUAAGGCUUAACAUUUCCCUGAAAAAACCCUUUUCUAAUCCUCACUCUUUGUUUCAA